AUGCACGCCAUACGACAAAAAUGUCGGCCGAAGCAUCAAGUAUUGAUCUUGAAAUGCUACCCCAGAACUACCAAGGGUGCCGUCGAUGUGAAGCCAAAUUCGAGCGAGUUGAGCUACUUGCUGUACUAUGCGACAACGCGACGCAGCAAGGUGCAGAAGGUGGGAGCAUUUCUGGAGAAGAAGACAGCUAGUGAUGUCUGGCGAGCAAGAAUAGGAAAUGUACAAGUUACGCUCCAGAUCCUGGCCUCGUUGAUCGAAAAGGCACCAAGAGACCUUCCUUUGUACGCCCCGUAUGUUCUCAAGAUCCUUAACAUAAUUCUACGUUCGCGCGACAUUACUAUGGUCGAAUCGUCCAUCCCAACCUUCGAAGCUUUCUGCGAACACCACGAUGGCGCAUCUCUUUCGGCGGACCAGGAGUAUUUACAUCAGUAUGAGGAGAUAGUGGGAAUAUACGCCUCGUUUGCCUCAACAAGGCCCCCCCAAACGAAACCGCCCACAAGUGCACCAGUGGCGAUUCGAUGGAGAAGUGCUGGCUUACAGGCAAUCAAAAGCGUGGCUUCCUCUGAAGCCUUGGCCUCACUUGCUGGGAGACAGUUGGAUGUAGUAGUCCCGAUCUUGUUGGAGAAUCUUUGGACCGAUAAUGAUGAAUUUAUCGAUCUUCUGGAGCACCGAGCUGGAGUGGAAGAGAAGGUUGAUACUGAGAAGCUCCUUCGGCGACGGACCAGUAUUGCAACUGUAAGAACAGCCGAUACAGCGGGAGAGGGCAAUGCUCUGGCUUUGUCUGCCACUACGGCCGAUGCGGACAAGGUUGCGGAAGAAGAUAUUGGGGUGAAGGCCCUACAAUGUUUGAAACAGGUUUUUGUGGUGAACAACAGGUCGCAAAUCCAUGCCGCGACUUUAGCCACGCUGAAGUUUACUGCGGAUCGAGUUGCCCAAGGAGAAAGUGUAAUUGAGAAGAGUUAUCUUCGUGGAGGAGAGUACAGAGGUUGGGCAACGAGAAUAUUUGAAAUGAUUGCUAGAUGGACCCCCGUACAGGAUCGGUACAUCAUUCUGGUGACUGCCAUGGAUGCGUUGGUUCGAAGCCAGGUUGCCGACGCCAAUCUCCGACACCAACUUGUUCUUGCUACCAUGGUUGACUCGCUGCUCAAGUCGGACAUAAAUUUGAUCGGGCUGAGCGUGAUGGACGUUUUGUUAGGCCUCAUACAGCAUGUACUAAGAUUGCUCCAGUUGGAUGGUGCUACACCUCAUUAUCAACAGGAGAAUGGAACAGGCGUGUCUAAGUAUGAGUCUGGGGAUCCAUCACCCACUGCCAGCGGUGGCGUGGCGACAGCUGAAACUGCCGCGGUGCCAACACACCUGAGAAAAGAACUGUUGGAUCGACUUCAGCAGUGCAUAGGUGAUCUUGCCACGCACGUAUAUUAUGCUGAUCAGAUAUCUGAUAUGGUCUCCGCUAUCCUGUUGAGAUUGAAGCCGUCCCCUAUGGGUGGAGGAUUCAAUGCAGUUUCUGCUAUUGAGAAUCCAGUGGCUGCAUCGGCUGCCAUCACGUCUGUUGGUGACCUGACAGAAGACUCUGGAACAGAUGGAUUUUUCUCGUUCGAUACCGCCAAAAUUAAAGCUCUCGAAGCGAUCAAAUCCAUUUUAAUUGUAGCAAGCACUCGCAACAACAUGAGUGGCGUUGGGAGCUUGGGGAGAAAUCGAGUCCCAGUACGCGUCUGGGAGGGAACCCAAUGGCUUCUACGGGAUGCGGAUGGCCGGGUCCGAAAAGCCUAUGCAGAUGCUUUGUUGACUUGGCUCGACCGAGAGGUGACAAGAGCCGAUCUCCGAGUAUUCGAAGAGAAGCCAAAGGGUUUGACCAAAACAAAUCGGGACGAGUCAGCGACAAACUUAUCAAAGCGAGCAGUGUCAAAUGCAUCACACCGAGAGAAACCCGUCAAACUAUCUCGGAUGACUUUCCUCCAACUACUUCAUCUUGCGAUCUACGAAAACGCUCUCCAAUACGUCGACAGUGAACCAGACAUCGUUCUAUUGCACCUGUUGCUUGCAAAUCUUGUAGAGAAUUUGGGUGUCAAUGCUGUCAAACACGGGUUACCUAUGAUAUUUCGGCUGCAAGAAGAUAUUCUUGAGGCCGAGACUCCUUUGGCAAAGAUUCGAAUGGGCAGCUUGUGUCAUGGAUAUUUCUGGACUCUGAGUGAGAAGUUCGACUUCGAUACUUCGCCGAUUGGCAAAGUCAUCGAGUCCGAGAUUACUAGGCGCCGCAGCAAGAUGUUUUGGAUUGAGCGAGUCCGCCUCCCUCCAAUAAGCCUUGAUCAGAUUGGUACUCCUGGACAAACGACGUUGGAGCAAGCACUUCCCAUGGGAAAAGUUGAGACCGAGUCACUACGGCCCUUUGACGAUCGCUUUCAAAUGGUCAUGCUGAUUUCACUUUCUUAUGCCGAAUCGUUAUCAGCCCCUUCAUCAAGUCCACCCACGUCUCCUGGCAGAAGCUUCAGUCAUCCAAUCCUAAGCAAUGCUGGGCCUACAGGAGAAGACGCCCAUGCAAUGCCAGAUAAGAUCAAGGAGCAGAUGAUGACAGAAUGGAGCAAGGAGGCUGUAGUUGCGAUGGUGCUAGAGGGCAGCAAAACAGUGUCCUUAAAUGGCUCUAAGACUGGUACUAAUGUGACUGGGCACCGCAACUUUUUAGCUGUCAAUGGGCAAGGAAAUACUGGAGCUACGAAUAGUGGAUCACAAUCUCCGCAGCAUCACACUCACCACAGCCAUCGAAGCCGGCCAAACUCAACCUAUGGCCUUGUUGGGGGACUCGGAGCCCUACAAAAACUCAGGAGAGGCAGCGAACAGUCUCCUGCACCCGCAAGCGGGUCUAGUCGGAACUCUGUUACUCGAGUGGAUCAGUUAAAGAGAGUGUUAUCUGGCCAGCAGAACAACGUCCCUGGUACAAGUCGCGUCGCACAUAGUGAUGCAAGCAGCGACAGUAUGGUCAGCUAUGACUUCACUGCUUCGGAAGUCUCAUUCAACCCCAACCAGCAGACGGCUGGUUCUUUGGAGCGUUCUGGGUCACUACGAGAUUCAAACGACAGGCCAAGAUCGAAGUCUCGAGACCGAGUCGCGUCAAAUGGGGAGCAUCAACGUCCGUUGUCAUCCCACCCAGUUCUGCAGAAUAUCAAUCCUAACAUCAAGGAAGGAAAUGAGGAUGAUCGUGACGGUGUUCCCCCUGUGCCGCCUCUUCCCUCAUCGCUUACUGCGGAAGGCACAGCUGUUCACGAUCACGCACUUCCAGAGCUGCGCAAAGGACGCAGUGUGAGAAGGUCUGUGAAAAGCCGGGGCGGCCAGAGUUACCAAGCAUCUCCAUGGGGCGAAGAUGUUAAUCCAAGUGUGGAUCUGGAGAGCUUACUGAAAGGGAUCGAGGUUGGUGGAGAACAAAAAGGGAAUGUGGCAAGACCGCCGUACUGA